ACCGGUGUCAACAAACAACAACAACAUAUUUCUCCCGGGCUACACCGCCUUAGCACCCGCGUUUCUCAGAAAACCUCAAUACCGGCGAUUAAAACCAACAGAAUGAGAAACAUACUCUUUUAACGACCCCCAAAUCACGCUCUGCCUUUUUUCCUCGUCAAAUUUGCCUCAUCAGAGGCUCGUGGUUGUCCCGGGACGGUGCUUGGCUUUAGCACGAGCACGGCUAACUUUUCUCCGAAGCUACACAGGAUAAAUUUCGGGGAAAAUUCUCACAGUCGACGGGGAAACCUUUGUAACAACGUCCACCUGCCGCUCGGUCGGUGCUAGAGCAGCUGGAGGAGGAGGUUCCUGCAGUCGUUGGGGUGUCGGUGGUAUGACUGCGUUGGCGGGGUCAAUACCCAGGAUGAUGCGACCCUCGCUGACCCAGAACUAUCCCCGCAGCGGCUUCCCUCUGGAAGUGUCUACACCGCUGGGUCAAGGCCGAGUCAACCAGCUCGGAGGAGUUUUCAUAAAUGGCAGACCUUUGCCCAACCACAUCCGCCAUAAGAUCGUAGAGAUGGCCCACCAUGGAAUCAGGCCGUGUGUCAUCUCCCGACAGCUCCGUGUCUCCCACGGCUGCGUGUCCAAAAUCCUGUGCCGGUACCAGGAGACCGGCUCCAUCAGACCCGGGGCCAUCGGAGGCAGCAAACCCAAGCAGGGGACAUCGCCGGACGUAGAGAGGAGAAUAGAAGAAUACAAGCGGGAAAACCCGGGUAUGUUUAGCUGGGAGAUUCGGGAUAAAUUACUGAAGGAUGGGAUUUGUGACCGCAACAACGUUCCGUCAGUGAGCGCCAUCAGUCGCAUAAUGCGGAGUAAGUUUGGGGGAAAAGGCGACGAAGAAGAGGAUGAAGAUGAAAUUGAGAAGAAAGAGUUGGAGGACAACGAGCGGAGGGCCAAACACAGCAUUGAAGGCAUCUUAGGAGACAGAUGUGAGUGA